GGUGCAGUCGACCGACCUAGCUCUAACCUGCCGCUGUUAAUAAGAUAACUUUAGAUUAGGCUAAAUGUAAUCCAAUAAAAUAAUAAGAAGAUAGGCCUACUGCACUAUUUUUUAAAUAUUGCCUGCCCUGAAUUAGCCUAUUGUAUUGUGUGGCAUUGGUAAGUUUAUUAGCAUUUCCCUUAAUGAAAAAAAUGGAUACUGAAAUAGAGACAAAGAGAAAGAUAGAACAAUAAAAAUACAAUUGCAAAACAAUAGGCUACACACAAUAAAAACGAGUUGAAAAAAAAUCCAUGGUUUUACAUUAAGGAUUUCUAUGUAAUGCCAUAAUGAGCAGACAUAGUCUGUAGCCUAUAGUCUGUAUUCUGCGGUGCAGCGUGUUCAGCUCUCGGUGACGCGCUGUGACUUCACACGGAGGCUGGAGGAGGACGCCGCCGCUCCGAGCAGCUCUCUCUCCGUCUCCUCUUCUUUGUCAGCGACCGUCGGUGAAGCAGAAAGCCGGAGGGAUGCAGCCAGCGGGCGCGUACGGCGCCGGGAAGGCCGGGAGCGUCAACUUUGAUCCGGUCGCCUUCUUCACGCAUCCCCGCACCAUCCUCAGGCUGAUGUCAUGGGUUUUCUCCAUGGUGGUGUUCAGCUGCAUUGUGAACGAGGGCUACAUCAAUAUCGGCAGUGAGCGUUUGCUUUGCGUCUUCAACAACAACGCAGACGCCUGUAACUACGGAGUCACUAUCGGCGUGGCCUGUUUCCUUGGCAGCAUCUUUUUCCUAAUCCUGGAUGUUUACUUUCCCUCCAUCAGUAGCGUCAAGGACAGAAGACGUGCUGUCCUGCUGGACCUUGUCUUUUCUGGUCUUGCCAGCUUCCUGUGGUUUGUUGGCUUCUGUUUUCUGGCCAAUCAGUGGCAGUCGACCUCUCCAGAUGAGCUCCCAUUGGCGCAGGGCUCGGAUGCUGCCAGAGCCACCAUUGCUUUUUGCUUCUUCUCCAUCCUUUCCUGGGCUGUGCUGACUCUGAGUGCGCUGCGUCGCUUCCUAAAUGGAAGCAGCCGAAACUUGUUCACAUGGCAACACCUGGAACCCGCUCCUAGCAAUGCUCGAGCCACACCAUACCCUAUCGCAAGCGGAGCUACCAUUGUAACUACCAACCCCUAUCAGGCCCCGCCCUUCACUGAAACCCUAGACCCGCAAAAGCUCACACAGCAGAGACCCAUGGCUCCUGCCUUCUAGAGACAGGCGGACAGACAGUCAGACAGAGGAAGCACGAGAACAACACUGAGAGUGACGCGGGCACAGACCCGCUCCUCUCUUUGGAUUGGGGGGAAUUUCAGGUCACGUGAUGUAUGAUCUAUUUUCACCAUGGCAACUGCUAGCUCUGCUUGGUUAGUUGUAACUCUCUUGUGUCGAGAAUAACUGUCCUCUGCUCAUGCACACACAGUCACUCACGCACACAGACAGAUAUCAGCGCACGUAAACACAACUGUACUCACUCUAACACACCUGGAAACACGUGUAUACUUGGAAGAACCCCCCCCCCCCCACACACACACACACACACACAUGCACAUUGUGACUGCAUGUUCAUAUGGUGAGGUGCAGAUUAACAUAGAUGUAGAUCAGUGAAGAAGCUCCAUUUGCCUUAGAAAAGGGUCUUUCAAGAAUGAGAUACAGAGAGUGAGGCUCUUGUUGCCCCGUGACCAAUCACUAGCUUGCAGACCUGGGGCUUGUCAUUGGCUGAAAUUUAAGACGGACAGGCAGCUUGACAAAUAGGAAUGUCAGUAAAUGAGAUGCAGUAAAUUUGGUAUAUUUUCUUGGCAAGGAAAUAAAGGCAGGACAGAUGAAUGCAUUCAGAAUGCUGUAGUGUUUCAGUGUGAAAUAUUCAUGUGAUUCAAUAUUUUAUUGUGAUAUGCUGAAGUGGCAAAAUGAAAUAUAAAAAAUAAAAUCGGUCCUUUAACACACCGCACACUA